AUGGCCUCCUAUGCCGAACUACUUCAGAUCAGCACGGACUUCCAGAAGAACUUUUCGGUCUUGAAUGGCAAGCACAACGUCGUUCUGCAGGAGCUCCACGACGAGCGAGCGCGCUCGACCGCCCUACAGGCCAAACUCGACGCCGGCCUUUGCGAGGUGGAAAAGCUCCAGGCCGAGCUCCACCGCCUCCGCGAGGAGCUCGAGGCGGCGGCCGCGUACAAGGCGCGUUAUACCGCCGCCACGGUCUCCCUUGAGCACCUCAAAGGGCACCUGGAGAACGCCCGCCGCGGGGUGGCCGAGCUGCUCCUGCGGCAUGACCAGGAGGUCGAGCAGCUCCAGGCCCAGAUUCGCGACCUCCUCCAGCGCCUCGACGUCGUCGCGGACGGCAAACACGCCCGGCUGCUCGGGGAGCAGGUCGCGGCCCUGGAGGCGACAGCCGCCGAGCAGGGGGCCCAGCUCCGCGAGGAGAAGGCGCGCUUCCACCAGCAGCUCCUGACGGCCCACCACGCCCUGCAGGAGGCGCAGUGCCGGAGCCUGGGCCUGGGCCAGCGCCAGCGCGGGAUGGAGGGCGAGGUGCAGGAGCUCCGCACCGCCCUCCGCCGGGCCGCGGAGCUGCAAAACGAGGCCGGCAUCCUCAAGGACCGCCACGCCGCGGAGGCCGCAGCGGGCCAGCGCGAGGUCCACCGCCUCACCGGCGAGCUCGCCGCCAUGGAGGAAAAGGCCGCGGAGAGGGCCCAGGCCUUCGAGGACGAGCGCCAGGCCAUGGCCCGGGCCGCGGCGAAGGAGCGGCAUCGCCUCACCGCGCGAAUCGAGAGCCUGACGGAGGUGGUGGACGGCCUCACGGCGGCGGUGGGGGAAGGGCAGGACCGCUACACCGACCUGCAGUGCAGCCUCCAGCGCCAGGUCCACCGCGCGCGCGAGGAGGCCGCAGCCGAGGUGAUGGCCCUCCAGGCCAGCCUCCAGCGCGCCCGCGAGGAGGCCCAACGCGCCCACCUGCAGCUCCAGCGCGCGGAGGAGGCCCAGGGGAGGAGCCGCGGCGCCGCGCAGCUCCGCCAAACCGCCCAGGACGCCUUAAUCGAGGAAAACCAAACCCUCGAGGCCAAACUCGCCGCGGCGGCCCAGCAGGAGGCGUGGUUGGUCGCCGAGAAAACCUACGCCGCGGAGCAGCUGGCGGCGGCCGAGCAGCGCCUCGACAGCCUCGCCGCGGUGGUGAAAAAGUGCGAGGAGCUGGAGUUCGACGCGGAAAAAAUGCGACUUCGCAUCGAAGUCCAGGAGGAGGAGCUCGUCGAGUGCCACCGGGACGCCCAAACGCUCCAAGCCAAACUGGUGGAGGUCAAGGAGGCGGCGGAAAAACGAAUCCUGAGUCUGGUCCGGGAGGUCAAGGCGUACAAAAAAAAAGUGCUCAAGGAGCAAAAAACAAGCAACUCCCUCCGACGAAAAUUAAUCCGCGCGGUGGCGGAGGUGGAGACCGGGCUACGGCACCGCGAGUACCCCACACGCCCUCGACCCAACAACGUCGGGGAGGGAGAGGCCAUCCAGCCCAAUCCCAAGCCUUUGUGCGAUGUGAUUGAAUUGCUAAAAAAUCAAAAUGAACAGGCCGAACUCCUUCAUCAUCGACUAGUGGAGCUUUCCAGAUGA